UCAGUUCUCAAGUUUUAUCUUAAUUUUCACCUAAUGCGUUGCCUUGUGAAAUUCAUAUAAUUGUUGAGAACUAUAAAACAGGAGUAAAUAGAAUUCCCUCACUUAAUGUUUGUGAGAGCAUCUAAUUGUAUAUUUAAAUCUUCUGUUUGUACAAGGAUAGUAUACUUGCAAAUAUCAAUAACCUUGAUUUGUAGAACCAAAUUCCGCGACAAAACUUGAUUGGAAAGCUAGAUUUGGUAUCUGUCUGGGAAUAGCGAGAGGUUUGAAGUAUUUGCAUGAAGAGAAAAGGUUCAAGAUUGUUCAUGGAAACAUAAAACCUAGUAAUAUUUUGCUUGAUAACUCUCUUAGGGCAAAGUUGUCUGACUUUGGAUUGGCAACGCUUUGUGAUGAGGAAGAUCCAUUUAUGGCCAUCAAAGCAAAAGGGUCGCGAGUUUACAUGGCACCUGAGUACUCAAUGGGAAAAGCAAUAACUGUUAAAGCUGAUGUUUACAGUUUUGGAAUUGUCCUACUCGAAAUAGUUAGCGGAAAAGUUAGUGCAGAUUACACACCAAACCAAGAAGCUGAGUUUCUUCUGGAUAAAGCUGGUGUUUUGUACGAUAAGGGAAGAAUCCUUGACUUGGUGGACAAGAGAUUAGCAUCCAGUUACGACAGGAAGCAGGCUCUAACUGUUUUGCUGUUAGCAAUGAAGUGCGUUAAUCUGUCUCCUACUCUCAGGCCUAAAAUAUCUGAAGUCAUCAGUGUACUUGAAGGUGAGAAAAGAAUCGAUGAGAUUUUCGAAGGUGAUACUCCAUCAGCAAAUAUUGGAGGACUGUGCGGUGCGUGUUCCAGGGUGUUGGAAAUAGAGCCAAUUUCUUAGCCAAUUGGUAAUGUUAAGUUUGGUGAUGAAAACCUUCUGCCUCUUUUUUAUUUUAUUAAUUAAUACUCUAUAACAUAAGUGUUGUUGGGUCUAGUUAUGUGGUGGUGACAAGAGAACGUGCGUGAGAGACUCCAUGAGAAAAUAUGUGUGUUUGCUUUGUCUGCUGUGGUUUAUUUGUGCUUUUAUGGCUGCUGGUAAUUUCGUGAAUUGAAUAAAAUUAUCAUUUGCGAUCCUUUAUAUAUAGCCUAUAUAAAUGAUAAUUUUAUGAUAUUA